CACGCGUGCAACUGGCGCGGGUGCGCCCUCAGCUUUGCGACGACGGGCGAGCUCAUGGAGCACCUGAGCACGGCGCACGUCGGGAGCGGGCGCGCGCGGUACACGUGCGAGUGGGCCGGGUGCGAGAGGUCGACGGCGUGCGGUGUGUUCAGGCAGCGGCAGAAGGUGAUGCGGCACCUGCAGAUGCACACCGGUGAUCGGCCAUACGCGUGCGAGCUGUGCGGCAAGACGUUCUCCGAGUCGCUCACGCUCACCCAGCACAUGCGCGUCCAUACGCAGGAGCGGCCCUUUGUCUGCGACGAGCCGGGCUGCGGCAAGGCGUUCGCGCUCGCGUCGGCGCUCACGAUCCACAAGCGUACCCACACCGGCUCUCGCCCGUUCGCGUGCCCUCACCCGGGCUGCACCGCCUCGUUCUCCGAGUCGUCCAACCUGUCGAAGCACGUGCGCACGCACGGCUCGGAGCGCAGGUACGUGUGCGCCGAGCCUGGGUGCGGCAAGGCGUUUGGGAGGAGCGACCAGCUCAAGCGGCAUGGGCGCGUGCACGAGCGG